AUGAUGCUUUUCACUGUUAUUUGUUUAGCUUACCUGUGCCGCAAUGCAGGCGGGGUACCUAUUGCCCGGGCAAUGGGAUGUGGAACAGGCACAGGGCUACCACUUGAAAAGAGAGUCUUCUGCUGCGAGCACUUCAAUCUUGACUGCCCGCAAAUUGAUCCCAACGAUUCUUUAUGGAGAAAUCACAUGACUGAUGACACGAAAUCAACGAGCGAUUAUAUGAAUUUGCACGCGCAUAAGCUUGUACAAAUUCGAACUCUUGGAGAGCGUUGUGUUCGGAAAGAAGAUAAGUGUGCGGUAGGAUUGAUCUGCAAAGGAGGAUUCUGUCUCCGGGAAAGGACAAAACAUCACCUGAGAGAUCUCAUGAACAGAGGAAAGUUGGUAGAACAAGAGGAAAGAGGACAUCUAGAUCCUGGGACUGACUUGGAACAAUCUGAUCCUCUUCCAGCUCAAAAGGGUUUGAUAUUAAAAGGACAAGCAGUGAAGGCCAGAGCAUCCGAACUCUCAGAAGACAUGGACGCCGCUGAGGUUUCAGAUGAAUUGGAAAAUUCAGAAUGGCAGCCACCCACCAGACAUAUUUCGAAUCCCAGGCGAACCCCGACGCCAGGGAGAGCAUCAACUCUGAGUGAUGAAAGAAAAAUGGGUAGUAGCCUCGUAACUAAGAGCAAUCCAGAACUCAUUCAGAAUGUUGCAGUUCAUGGACAGGCUGUAAGAGCAAGUGAUUUCUCAAGUAAGGAUGAUUUAGAAGACCGUCAAUUGUCCAGAGACUCAUUUCCGAAGACACCCCCCAGUCCCCAGGAUGAAAACAAGAAGAAAGGAGUUCUUCCAAAACAAAAAAGUCCCCAAUCCCAAGAUACGCAAAUGGAGGAAGAAGAUGAACUGGCAGCCAAUAUUGCAGACUUUCUUACGACGAAGCUCGGUGUUUCCUUAGACUUUAAGGAAAUGCAUGACAUCAGGGAGCUGAUCGCGGGGACAUUGGAUGAAAGAGCUGAACGUGAAGAUGAAGUUGUCGAAAAUAUUGAACAGAACUUAGCGGAUAUUCAAAACGCCAACGGGGAGUCAACUCUAACAGCCCCUGAUACCGGAUCCAUGCGUCCGACAAGAAAAAACUACAAAACACGUUACGAGCCGCUGUCACAAUGCGAUGCAGAUGCAGAUUCAGGCAAUGCCAAAAGAAAGAUUUCCCAACGGAUUGCCAAUCUGAAAAGAAAGCCAGAGGGUGCCAUCCAUCUCAGCUUGUAG